CGCCAGCCACGAGCGUCUCCUUCUAAGCCCAAAGCCAAAAUCCGCUAGAUCGGUUCAACCGUACGUACGGUGCUGCGAUCAGUUUUCCGUCUGUGGUCGACCCGUGAGCAUGCGCGUUUAGACCCCCCUUUGAAGUUUCCCACCCAGUUGUUAUUUUCUGUUUUUGUCCAUUUGUCGCGAACUUGUGAAAUUUAUUUUUCGGUUCUGUUUGUUCGUUAUUAGUAGCGCGAAAAAAGUGUCCUACGAUCCUGAAGCGCCGCUUUUUCCGGAGUGAAUCAGAAGUGAGCAAAACCAAACAGGAAGUGACCGAAACCAAAACCCGGAUACACUUGGUGAAAGAAUAGGUGAAAAUCAAAACCGACUUAGUGUGGAACCGAAGCGAUUAGUGCGUUAAGAAGUAACCAACAGUAUCUACAAUCAGAGAGACAGAGAGAAAGAGAGAUACAAAGUAACGUUUCUUCGACUAGAACAUCUCGAAUCUGGCUUUCUGGUGUGAGUUUGUGUGCGUUCGUGGAUUGGUUGGUACCUCGCUCGUUUGUGCAGCGUAUGUUGCAGUGUUCUAUGCUAAUUGGAAUUCCUGCUCAACAUAGGAAAACGUUGUUCGAUACAAAUCAUUAGGGAAAAAAAAGAAACGACGAGCAGCCCGGCAUUCGCUCGACUGUUUAAUUCCCCGUUGCGCGAAAAGUGAUCCGGAAAACAAUAGAGUGAAAAGAAUUCCCCGAAGCAGUAGAAUCGCCGGAGUGGAAACCAGACGGUGUGUGGUGCAUGUGGAAAGCAGAGACUCUUCCGAAGCGGCAAUCUAAGGAAUUAAAAGAAAAAAAAACGCUGAUCGAACGCAACGCGGCCUAAAAUGAUCUGACAGUGGCCCAAAAACCUGUGCGGCACAUUUACCGAAUCUUUUAACUUUAGAAGGCGAUUUUUAUCACAAAAGAUCGCUUAUUCUGUCUUUAUCUCGAACUUAUGCAACUGUUGUUUGCGUUUUCCUUUUUUUAACAUUUCCCACUGGUUUCGAAAGCCAGCCGGCAUCGCGAAGAAAGACAAUUGUAGUGGUCCCGACCUACCAACCCACCCUCCCUCCGUGUACUCUCGACCGGUGACAGCUUGCACAGACUUCAAAUCGCCUGCGAAACAGUAGACGAAUGAUCACAAGAAUGCGGUUACCAACGGCGGUGAUGGUGCUGCUUUGUUUGCAGUUCGGUGAUGGUUUGCUGAAUUCUCGUGCCGACGGAACGAUAGCCGUUCCGGACGAUCGGGAACUGAAAACGAACAACGAUGGGUACGAUUUCCUGUCGAUCGAUCAGCUGUUCAUGAACAACCCACAGUACGCCAAACUGCUGAGCGAUCUACAGGCACAAACGUUCGGUAGAAAUUGGCGAAGGAAGCGAGAUGCGAGCGAAACUGAACCUACCGAAAGUCCCAGCAGCGAGCAACCUGUGGAAGAAUCGAGUGCCACGACUCCGGCCGUAGCAGAGAUUACCGAAAUAACCAGAAAGUCGGAAGAACCAAAGACGUCCGAAGAAAUUAAAGACCUACCGCAUGUGGAGGGACGAACAACGCCGCUCCGGACGGUUAGUGCCUCAUCCACCACAACCACAUCCAGUUCGUUCGGAUUUUCCGGUUCGACGGAGGCAAACCGAGAUCGAAUCGAAGAACCCACCACCAACGCAACUCCCAUUCGGAGCAGCACUCCCCGAAGACUGCUGCAUAAGGGUAAUAACAGAAACAAAAUCAAAGGACCCAACAAGCAGGGAUCGCACAGCGUCAACAGUCAUAGCAACCAGAAUAACAACAACAAUAACACCCACAAAACGUCAGAUUCGGGCAGUUUGACCGCUACGAACGUGAACAAAUUUACCGUGACGAACACACCGGCCUCGACGGCUUCGGUGUCCUCGUCGUCGUCGCCGGUUGCGGGGGCCUACACCAGUUCCAGCACCACCAACAGUAGCAGUACCAACAUGGCAGCCGCGGCAGCAUCGGUUGCGAACGUGACCGCAUCGGGCAGUAGCAGCACUAAAGAUAAGGUUGGCCUAGCCCCGACCAAGUACCACUACUAUCCCCACAACCAGCACAUCUACUUCCUGCCGGAAUGUGCGAUUCAGCAGGUCUGCAACGCGGUCUACGUACGGCUCAACUACACCCAGCCCCUGUGCGCCUGUCCUCCACGCUACCGUGACCCCUGCUCGGCCAGUUUGAACGAAGACGACAACCACACGAUCAAGCUAGUCGGCAAUGCCCAGCGGAAGGCCAUCACAUUGGCGAAAACGUGCGAAAAUACCAACGAACUGCGCGAAUGUCGAGCUCCCAAGGACUGGUCCAUCCUGGCCCUGCAAAAUUCCCGAACCGGAAAGUCCCACUAUCUGGUGAUCUGCAAGUGUCCACCACACUUCCGACUUGAGGGUCCUCUGGCUCACGAUCAACCGACGUACGCCGGACUACCAGGAAUCAACGUGUACGGCAUGCUGUGCGUUCCACCGGAACCGUUUGCCGCUCCGAAGCCGCUUAAAACGCCCAGCUCAUCGUCGAUCUACAACAAAUGGAAGGUUCGACCGUCGUUACCUUCUUCGUCCUACCGCGACAGCGAGUACCGGUCGUUCCCGAAUGGCACAUCCGUGACAGCAGCAACUGAGGAAUAAUAAACGGAAACCCAAUCUACCACAGCACCAUUAACAUUAACGUCAUAGUAGAAGACAACUGAUCACAAAUUUUUCCCUGCAGAACUAAACUAGCUUCAUUCUCGACAGCCAAAUCGAUAAGUCUACGCGUUUAGUAUUUAUUUUUUUGUAUUUAUUGAACAAAAUAUUUAUUUUUACUUUACCAUGGAAGUGCUACGGACUUGCCGUGGGAAUUUGUUAUGUUGCUAGUGCGUCUGGGUCUAGGAUUGCCACACACACACACAAAAAUAGCAUGACGGAAGUCUUCUAGUUUUACGAGAAAUAGAAAGAAAAUAUUAGCAUCAGUUAUCCUCGGGAACCGCUACGAAUGUCGCAGAUAUUUGUACUGCUUUCCAGUCAAGCGAAAUAAUUACAUUUUAAACCAAGAUCUUAAUUAGUCAUCAUCUUCGUGUGCGCAAACGGUGAGCUGCCCCUUUCUCUGUUGUUGCCCUCACUGUGCACCCAGAAACGCAAGACGAUGACUAAUUAACAGACAAUCUUUUUUUUUUAAAAAAACCUUUGUUAUUAGUUUUAGGAGUAAAAGUUAUCUCCACAGACAGGCACGUGGAAGCGCGAACGAAAAAAUAUGUACGCGACAGAAAAAAACAUUGCACCCCCAAUAAACAUAAUUGUUUGCAUCUUCUUCCCACCACUACCGGUUUCCGGGGCGACGCUGUUCGUUGGCUAGCUCAUCAAGUAGGCCUUGCGUGAUCACGCGCGCCCAUUGUGUUCCCGUUCCCAGGGCUCUCUUGUCGGCUAUCGAAAUGCCAUCUAUACAAGAUCCCGCACAAGACGGCAACGCAUGCAUGGCUGUCAAUGAAAGUAAUUCGCACACGUGCUCCGCCCUCCGCCGGCUGCUGUUUUCCGGUAAACAUUCCCAACUCACUUUCCGGAAAAUUGGCUCCCUUGCAUGUGCGGAGGUGGCAAUAACAACAACAAAAAAUGCAGAGCAACAGGAAAAAUGGAAACAAUACAGAAAACGAGAGUCACUUACAAACGCACAAACUUAUAUCGCAUGCACAAGAGCGCCUAGGGCAAAACUUGACGUUGUUAUGGAAGGGCUUAGCUUCGUUUCAUAUUAUUUUCACUUUACAUUAGUCGUAGUCGGUAGGCUUCAAAUACAACAACAACACAAAACGACGUGAUUUGUGGAAGAGAUAUUCAUCGUUGAAUCAUUUUAAAUGGGAUAGAAAGUACGGUUCAGUAACGGGAUGGUAGUGAUGCUGAAACAGCAGAACAGUGUCACCAGAGUGCUACUCUGAACACUACUCGCAGAAAAGCUAGCUUAGAAUAAGAAUCACGUUCCUGUUGACGGCAGUUGUAGUGCAAAUAUAGCCCUCAAUCGGAGAAAUAGAAGGGCUGCUUUCCACUUCGACCUCCAGCAGCAGUGAGCGAUUCAGAAAAUGUGCAUAAUUUUGAAUUUUAGUAAAUUAAUUUGUUCGUUUUAUUUGAUUUCCUCCUUCCUAAUGCGCAUACAUGGCUCGAAAAAAAAAAGGAAAAAUCUUACAGCCAUGCUGAAAACUUUGAUCGAAUGCAGGAAAGCGAAGAGAUUUACUUUUUCUUAUAUGAGGCAAACAACUAAUUUGUUUUUUUCGCAAGAAACUCGCCAAGAGAAAACUAUUGUAAAUAUACUUCCUACUAAAUCUUUCCUAAUCGCACACAGCAUCGGACUCUCGCUUUCGAUAAAUCAGAUGCACAAAAAAAGGAGCACAAAACGAAAGCAGAAGUGCUUUGUUCGAAAUAAAUGUAUUUUUAAAUUUUAAAUAUUUAAAUUUAAUGAUAUUAAUUCUAUACUCUCCUAGAUCGCAAUUAUAUUAAUCCUAUAAUUAUGGAUGCCGCAAGAAAAAAAAAGUUACAAAAUGAACGAUUGAAAAAAAAACAUCCAACACACAUAAAUUAACAGUAGCGAAAUUCCGUCAGUCAGGAGAAAACAAUAAA